CUGUGUCUACGGUGCCUGUGUGGGAUCAGGAAGCUGUACACGGCCACUGCUUGCUCACACUGCCACCCUCAACUGCACCUCUGAUGGCCCGAGGCACAUGGCCUGCACCAUCACCUGCGAAAAGGGCUUCGUCCUCCGUUCCAGCAAUGGGAAAGGACUGGGCUCCACACAGAAGGAGGUGGUGCUGACUUGCAGCUCAGGGCGGUGGGACAGAUCUGUGACUUGUGUCCCUGUCAACUGUGGUGUCCCUGACCAGUCCCAUGUGUACUAUGCAGAGUUCUCCUGCCCUAAGGGGACCAUCUACCUGAAGAGAUGCUCCUUCUCCUGCAUCCACCCAGCCAAGCUUCAAGGAACAAACCAGUGGCUGACCUGCCUGGAGGACGGUCUCUGGUCACUCCCUGAAGCCUACUGCAAGGUGGAGUGUGAUGCUCCUCUGGCGGUGGCCAAUGCCAAGCUCCUGGUCCCACGGUGCCUGCAGGGGAACCAUGACGUGGGCUCAGUCUGUCGCUACAAGUGCAAGCCUGGAUACCACGUGGCCGAGAACGCAGCGGGCAAGCCUAAGAAGAAGUUCCUGAAGCUCCAGUGCCUGGAGAGUGGGCAGUGGGAAGAGGGACACUGUGUCCCCGUGGUGUGCGAGCCCCCUCCUCCCGUCUUCGAGGGCAUGUACAACUGCACCCGGGGCUUCGAGCUGGACAGCCAGUGUGUCCUCAACUGCGAGCCACAGGGACAACAGGUUCCCAUCAUCUGCACCAAGGAGGGUGUAUGGACAGAGGAGUUCAAACUGUGCGAGAACUUACGGGGCACCUGCCCACCACCCCCGGAGAUGAAUUUUGUGGAGUACAAGUGCGAGCAGGGGCACGGCAUAGGUGCUGUGUGUGUACCUUCCUGUAUCAUACCUCCCAGUGACCCCGUCAUACUGCCCGAAAACAUAACUGCUGAGACUAUGGAUCACCGUCUGCAGCCCACCAGAGUCCAGCAUAUCGUGUGCACGGGCAGGCUGCGGUGGUAUCCAGACCCCUUUGUCAUUCACUGCAUCCAGUCGUGUGAG